CCGUCCGGCGGGGGUUUCGUUUCCUUGGCGGAGACGCGCCGCCCGUUAAGAGGAACUCGUCCGAGCCGAGAGGCGGGAAACUUCCUCCCGCGCGCUCUCUGACCUGAGAGUGCCAGGAAGGAGCGAAGACGAUGGACGGCGCCGGCAGCGGAGGGGAGCGGGGCCGGCGGGGCAGGCGGGCUGCCGCCCCGCGGGGCCGGGGCGCGGGGAGGGGCGCAGCCCGCAGCUCCUCGCGGGCCCACGGCCCGGGCUGCGCCGCGACGCCCCGGGCGCCGCAGAGGGAUGGAUCCACCGCCCGGCGAGGCCGCCCAGCGCGGCGAUCCUCCGCCGUGCGGAGCCUGCCAGCGGGCCCGGCAGCGGGCGGCGGCAAAGAGGGACCCCCCGCUGCUCGGAGCCGGGCACCGGCCGCCAGAGCCCCCGCGGCGCGGAGGCGAGCGGCGGUGCCCGACGGGGCGCUCUCCGCCCCCGCGUCUGCCCGGAGUUCUUCGGUGGCCGCGGGCGCCCUGCGCCUCCGGGAGGUGUUGUCGCAGCUCACCCUGGAUCGGCAGGACGUGUCCGAGGCGUCGCGGCUGGUGAACCAGGUGAUCUCGCACCUGAUCCAGGCUAUCCGCAGCAGGGAAGGCAGCUUCAGCUCCCUCGAGCGCCUGGGCGCCGGCAGCUACUACGAGCACGUCAAGAUAUCUGAACCAAAUGAGUUUGACAUCAUGCUUGUAAUGCCUGUUGCAAGACUUCAGCUGGAGGAAUGUGAUGACACUGGAGCCUAUUAUUUUCUAACAUUCAAAAGAAAUCCAAAAGAAAAGCAUUUGUUGAAGUUUUUAGAUGAAGAUGGCAAAUUAUCAGCCUUCAAAAUGCUUCAAGCUCUAAGAGAAAUUAUUAAACGAGAAGUAAAAACCAUUACAAAUGUGGAAGUAACUGUGAAAAGGAAAAAGGCUGGAAGCCCUGCAAUAACUCUUCUGAUCAAAAAUCCUCCAGCAGAAAUAUCAGUGGACAUCAUCUUGACUUUGGAAGUUCAGCAGAGCUGGCCACCCAGCACACAGGAUGGCCUCAAAAUUGAACAAUGGCUGGGAAGAAAAGUCAGGGGAGAGUUCAGAAAUAAAUCACUUUAUUUAGUAGCCAAACAAAACAAAAGAGAAAAGGUUCUAAGAGGAAACACCUGGCGACUCUCUUUCUCACAUAUUGAGAAGGCCAUGAUGAACAACCACGGCAGCUCAAAGACGUGUUGUGAAGCUGAUGGACCAAAGUGCUGUAGGAAAGGCUGUCUUAAGCUUCUGAAGUAUCUUCUAGAGAAACUUAAAAUGAAACACACAAAAGAGUUGGACAAAAUCUGUUCAUAUCAUGUCAAAACUGCCUUCUUCCACUCAUGUGUCUUAUGGCCAAAUGACACAGACUGGUGCUUGGGAGACUUGGAUCAUUGCUUUCAGAAAUACCUGGGAUAUUUUCUGGAUUGCCUGGAAAACUCUCAUCUGCCACACUUUUUUAUUCCCCAAUACAACUUACUCAGCUCAGAAGAUAAAGUCAGCAGUAAUUUCCUUUCAAGACAAAUAAAACAUCAAUUGAACAACAGAUUCCCAAUAUUUCAGGAGUUACUGUAAACAUUUAUAAUAACUAUCUAUCCAUGUAGAAAUGCAUAUGCAAAACCAGAAGUCCUGCACCCUGAGGUGCAAGAAUAUUUUAAAUUACUUCUCAGUAAUAUGACAAAAAAUUACAAUCAGGAACACUUAAAGAGAAAAUGGCAUAUUUCAGUCAUGCUGAUUAGCUAUAACCAUUAAAAGAAACAGGAUGUUUUAUGUAAUACUUAUCUUCCCUAUACAAAAUGCAGAUGUCACCUGCAAGUAUCUUCAAGAUAUAAUAAGAAUGUAUAGAAUUUGCUGCAGGUAAUUUGCUACGUGUAACUUCUAUGAGUCCAAAUGUACAGACAUCAUUUGUUUAAAAUUAAAGAACCUCUCCAGAUCA